AGAGAGAAAAUUAUUGGUGGAGAGAGAGUGAGACAACUGGGCAAGUGAAGCGCCCGAGGGAGAGAGAGAGAGAUUGCGCAAAGAGAGUAUCUACUGUCAACGGGAAAAUUUUGCAUUUCUCUCACUUUCUCUGGAAACGUAGGAUUCUCGAGAAAAAUCCCCAGACCCUUCAUCCGUCUAGACUUCUCUCCUUGAUCAUUCUCUGUCUCUCGAUCUAUCGGAUUCCCCAUGCUCAGUCGUCCCUAGAUCCGCGCGGCUUGAUCCGUUUGGGGUAUUUGAGGUCGCCAUUGAACUUCUCGUGAGUUUUGGUGGGUUUUUAUUUUUAUUUUUCUCGAGCUUGAGGGAGCUAUCGCGGAUUUGGCCGACUUUCGACGCUGCUGCUUUGUUAGCUGGAGUUGAUUGAAAUUCUCCGGCCCUGGGUUAGGGGUUUAGGACUCUUCAAUCUGAUCCGAUCUGGGUUUCGAUUCUCCAACCUGAAACCAGAUCUGGGUUUGGGAUUUUCUCGGUAAACAAUCGGAAAAUGAGGAGGAGAGGAGGAAGGCCCGGGCGGAGGAGGAUCUCCAAUGCAGUGUGGUGGGUGCUUUGCGGCAUUGUAGUCAUGCUCUUCAUAUUGAUUCUCAGCAAGACUGGUCAGAUCGAAUCCAGACCCUCUAUUCCUAAGAGACGUUACCGGCAUGAGAAAUAUGCAGAAGGGCUGAACAUGACGGAGGAAAUGCUAAGCCCGACAUCAGUUUCCCGGCAAGUGAACGACCAGAUAGCUCUUGCCAAAGCCUUUGUCGUGAUUGCCAAAGAAAGCAAAAACCUUCAAUUUGCUUGGGAUCUCAGUGCCCAGAUCCGAAACUCACAGUUGCUUUUGUCCAAUGCUGCGACUAGACGGACUCCAUUAACGGUGUUGGAGUCGGAAUCUACAAUCCGAGACAUGGCAGUUCUGUUGUACCAAGCCCAGCAGCUCCAUUAUGACAGUGCAACCAUGAUAAUGAGACUGAAAGCCUCAAUUCAGACACUUGAAGAACAGAUGAGUUCUGUCAGUGAGAAGAGUUCCAAAUAUGGACAAAUCGCUGCCGAGGAAGUGCCCAAAAGUCUCUACUGUCUCGGUGUCCGGCUUACCACUGAAUGGUUUGGAAACACGGGCUUACAGAGAAAGCUGAGGGAAAGAAGCUACGUGGAAUCAAAGCUCAAGGACAAUAGUCUCUACCAUUUCUGUGUAUUCUCCGACAACAUCAUUGCUACUUCAGUUGUGGUCAAUUCCACUGCCCUGAAUUCCAAAAGCCCUGAAAAGGUUGUGUUCCAUCUUGUGACCGAUGAGAUAAACUAUGCUGCGAUGAAAGCCUGGUUCGCCAUGAACAUGGACAACCUCAGAGGAGUAACAGUGGAAGUUCAAAAGUUUGAGGAUUUCAGAUGGUUGAAUGCUUCAUAUGUUCCGGUCCUGAAGCAGCUUCAAGAUUCUGAAACACAGAGCUACUACUUCUCCGGACACAACGAUGAUGGGCGGACACCGAUAAAAUUCAGAAACCCUAAGUAUCUCUCCAUGCUCAACCAUCUCAGGUUUUACAUCCCCGAAGUGUUCCCUGCUCUGAAGAAAGUGGUCUUUCUCGACGAUGAUGUUGUGGUUCAGAAGGAUCUUUCCUCUCUCUUUUCGAUUGAUUUAAACGGAAAUGUCAAUGGGGCCGUCGAGACAUGCAUGGAAACUUUCCACAGGUACCAUAAGUAUUUGAACUAUUCGCACCCGUUGAUACGAGCGCAUUUCGAUCCGGACGCUUGUGGAUGGGCAUUUGGGAUGAACGUCUUUGAUUUAGUCGAGUGGAGGAAGAGGAACGUCACCGGGAUAUAUCACUACUGGCAAGAAAAGAACGUGGACCGUACUCUAUGGAAACUCGGGACCUUACCUCCCGGACUUUUGACCUUUUACGGGUUAACCGAGGCACUCGACCCAUCAUGGCACAUACUCGGGUUAGGUUAUACCAAUGUGGAUGCCCGUCUGAUAGAGAAGGGAGCCGUUCUGCACUUCAAUGGUAACUCGAAACCAUGGCUGAAGAUUGGGAUAGAAAAGUACAAACCUUUAUGGGAGAAAUUCGUCGAUUACAGUCACCCUUUCAUGCAACAGUGCAAUUUCCAUUGAUAUUAGGCCGAAGUGAAGCAACUUCUCUAGUUUUUCUACGCAGAGACAAAUCUUAGGCGAAAAGAGAUAUGCUUUCUUGCAAGAGUUUUGUAUGAUGAAGCUCAGUUUGCUCACUGUAUCUUCUCAAUGUGGUUUCUACAGUACCUACAGAAUAGCAGAGAGCAGAAAGUUUUUAUUAUAAGAUUGUUCUUCCAUAUUC